AUGUUGAAGAAGAGAUUCAGUCAACUGUCCGGUAAAGUUCGUCCCGAUCUCGACAUUCGCUUCUACACAAAACUUCCGCCGGCAGUCCAAACAUUCUUCCAAACCAAAGGUCCAAUUCCUAAACACAUGCAGUCAGACGUCGUCUACUCAAUCAGUUGUAUCGAUUGCAGUCAAACAUACAUCGGUAAAACCGAAAGACAAAGUGUACGUCGCCUGCGUGAACAUGGAGCACCAAAACAAUCCUUUGAUGCCCGUCCAAAUGAACAGACAUCUAGUGAUGAAGAUGAUACAGCAACACCUGAUCCAACAUCUACACGUUUGAGACGGUCAUCACAAAUUCGAAACAAAAACCACGUUACACCAACAAAUACCUCCAACACGACCAAUGAUAAAAAGAGAGAGAAAGAAAAUGUAGUAUUAUCUUCUCUCGCACAACAUGAAAAAGAUACAGGACAUCAUACUGAUUGGACUGGUUUUCGUGUCGUUUGGAGAGAUGACAACCCUUAUCAGCUGUUAAUCAAAGAAUCUUUGCUGAUUCAAGCAUUCAAGUCAGAACUGAAUCGAACAACACAUUUGGUACCACUUAUUGUGUUUCCAGAUGGCUUACCAAGAGAUUUGUUGCCUGAUCCAAACGGCUAA